AUGCAACCGGUCCGCUCGACCCGACAAAUGAUGGGGCCCGAGCGGCGGAACGCACUGACGCCGAUCGGCGAUCGCUUGGAGGCUGCAGAUGUGCGAGUGAUCGCGUCCUGCCUGCUCGCCGCCGGCGUCUUCAACGGGAACACGGCCGAGGAGUUUCUGGACGCAAACGGCGCGAAAAACGGCCGGGGCCUCGUGAAUCGCGUGAAGCAGCGCGGCCACCACGCCUUCGACGCCUUCUACUUGGCGCUGAUGGAGUGUGGCAACUACACGCUGGCGAACGAGCUGCGCGGGCUGGUGGCCGACUCGGUGCUCGCCCAAAUUGAAAACGGGCCGACAAACUGCCGAAACGCCACGGCGCCGCCCCACGAGCUGACGGCGCUGAAGCGGCUUUCGCUCGACGAGUCGCUAGCCACGCCUCUGGAUCGGCCGCUCGACUUCUCGGUGGACCUCAUCGACGCGCCGCCGUCGACAGCCGCCGCCUGGGAAUUCUACGAGCAGCGGAAGGACCAGGUGCGUUUAUUUUAUAGUUUGUGCGCCAUUUUG